CAGAGAUCCAGGGCAGUCAGAGAAGUUUCACCUUCCUGGGAAUAAAAGAUUUUCUUCUCUGACAAAUAGCACAACUGAAAGAGGACUCUGAAAGUGAUAUGAUCACUGGACGCACCGUGCAAGCAAACAGUAGUAUGCAACUAACAUCUCUACUGCUCUUUCUGGGAAUUUUUGCCAUCCACACCAUCUGCUGUCAUGGUCAAGUAGACCCACUUGCCCUCAGCCGUGCAGAUCCCCAGUGUUGGGACUCAUCUACAGCAAAACUACUGGAGAUGAAGAAACCCCGGAUAGCAGAUUCUGUGCCUGAAUUCUGGGACUUCAUGAUAUAUUUGAAGUCAUCUGACAACCUUAAACAUGGUGUUUUGUUUUGGGACUUAGCACAACUUUUUUGGGACAUCUAUAUACACUGUGUACUCUCCAGAGCACAUGGCCUUGGUAGAAGACAGCUGAACGAAGAAGAAACAAAAGUAACUAAUUUCAUUUCACAGUACACCUCAAAGACCUUUUCCCAAAAUCGAAGACCAUUACCACCAGAUUGGGAAGAACUCAUUGAACAGUUAGUAGGUAUCCAUGUAAACAAAAGUGAAUCCAGACUACUUGGCAAUAUCAAAAGGCGUGUGAAGAGGAAAUAGCUUCAGAGCAACGUGAAAACCAAAAUGACAUUUUUUUUUCCAUAUCAUUAAAUCAAUGAACCCUGAGCAAAUAAAGAA